AUUUCAUCAUGGACCUAGAUUGCAUGUUGCAACAAGUUUUACGCGUUAGUCAUUUCGUGUUGCAUCGUCUGUAUCUCAAUACAUUUUCCACCGAUUUUCAUUUGAAUAUUCUUGAAAAUUUCUCAUAAGUUCGUUAUUCUGCUCAUAUUAAAUGCUCAGAAGAAUUUAGAUAAAGAUUUCGAACGCUUCAUUACAUCCACAGUACAGGCACAGCACAGCAGUAUAUUUGAUUGUCAAGACGACGAGAGAGGUCGUUUGUCAAGAUGGCUGCCUCCAUGUUCAGACAGAGUCUCAAACUCUCGCGAUUAAUUCGCUCAAAUACGCCUCUUUUAUGGCGAUAUUCUCCCACCGUGAACCCUCAGAGCACUCAAGUGGUAAUAUCAAGAACUAUAACUCAAAACCAAAUGCAUGAAAAUCAGAAAAUCUUCUUCAAGAGGGUUGCACAGUUUGUCGGAUUUGGUGUGUUUUUGUACGUGAUAUCUCCAUGGGCAAGACAAUUGAAAGGAGCAAAGUUUGAAUCCAGACGGGACAAAAAGAGACGUCGUUUAGCUGCAGAACAAAGUGAAGUUGAAAAUACUGGUAUUUCUUAUGGAGAACCUUCUCUAAACUAUCAAGAAUCAUUCCCGCCAUCAAGGGGAAUUUUGCCCGUUGUCAAAGCCGCAGACGUGACAGAUUUCGGAACUGGUUAUGUGACGCCAAGAUCUCAACAGUUCAAUUUCAUCGCAGAUGCUGUUGCCAAAGCUUCCCCAUCAGUUGUAUUUAUUGAGAUUCAUGGAAGGCAUCCAUACCAGCGAGGCGUUGUUGGCCCAAUCUCCAAUGGAUCGGGGUUCAUCGUCAGUCCAGACGGUCUCAUCUUGACCAAUGCCCAUGUGGUAGCCAAUAAGAGGCUGGGCAAGCAGUCUGUCAAGGUCAAACUCUAUGAUGGUCGGCUAGUAGACGGCAAGGUCGUCGCCGUUGACCCUGUUUCGGACCUGGCGCUGCUGAAAAUAGAUACAAAGGAUCCGCUUCCUGUGAUGAGGAUGGGAAACUCAUCGGCUGCUCGACCAGGGGAAUGGGUCAUUGCCAUGGGGAGUCCUCUGUCGCUUAGCAACACCAUCACGGCUGGCAUCAUCAGUACUGUGAGCCGGACGAGCAAGGAGCUUGGUCUCAAUAAAAGCAUCGACUACAUACAGACGGAUGCUGCCAUCAAUGUGGGUAAUUCCGGAGGACCACUGGUAAACCUUGAUGGUGAAGCCAUUGGUAUCAACACCAUGAGAGUCACUACUGGAAUCUCCUUCGCCAUCCCUAUCGACUGUGCCAGGGACUUUGUGGAUAAAGUUCAGAAGCAGAUGAAAGCAUCUGGAGGAGGAUGGUUCGGCAAAUCGGGGCCACAAGGUCCAGUGCUAACCACACCCUCUAAAGCAGGAAAGCAGGGGUACAUUGGUAUCACGAUGCUCUCCCUGACCCCUAGCCUCAUCUUUGACCUCCGACAGAGGGCGCCAGACUUCCCCAAUGUCAGCCAUGGUGUGCUUAUCUACAGGAUCACCAUGGAGUCUCCAGCACAAGUUGCCGGAUUGAAAGCUGGCGACAUCAUUACCCACAUCAACGACCAGCCGAUCAAGUCUUCCCAGGAACUCUAUGACCGGGUCCAGGCCAAAGAAAGCCUCAAGGUGACAGCGGUCAGAGGCAAGGAGACAAUGAAACUGACCAUCACACCAGAAGAAUCUCAGUGAAACUAAAGGCUGGAAUUCAUGAAAGACUUCAUUUUAAACCACCAUUUAAAUCUCUAAGGUUUGCACGCUUAUGACAUCUUGUUCAUUGAACAAGCAAUGUAUAUGUUUAAAUCUCACUUUCAAGAAAAAUGUUUCAACAAACUUGUUUGAUAUUUACGAGGCAUUUUGGGAGGUACCACUUCUUUGCAUCAUUUAUUUUUUAACCCUGAUAUAAAUGGGUAAUUUCCUUGGUCCCAAGGGGUUCGUUUUUACAAGGUUUUAAUUUUUACCAUAUUUCAGUCCACGGUUGAGGUGUACACCAUGGUUAGAAACCUUAGAUUGUAGCAUAUCCUCCCUUGGGUAAAUAUGGGCCUUUUCAACAUCACUAGCUGUGAUAAAAGUACAUAGGAGUGGAGAGUCAAUUAGCUCUGGAAUGAUACCAAAAAGCUCUGGUAAACAUGGAAAAGGUUUUGAUCAAGAAAAAAAAGAGAACUAUUGAAAUGCUAUUGAAUCAGUCACAAGUAUAUGUAUAUGUAUGUGUAUUUCAGAGAAAGAGGAUCUUUAGGGAUUAAAAAGUUAUUUGUACACUGAGCAUUACGCACCUGCCGAUUUUCGACAGCAUACUGUGGAGUCUUGGACUAUGGAUUUAGAACUGUAAUCUGUGACUGUGCAUGAGAUUUGAGAUAUUGCAAUAUUGAUUCAGUUCUAAUAAUGAUUUUGAGGAUUUUAAAUCUUGUUUGAACUAUGAAUUGCUUCUAUUGAAAAGUCAAUUUCAUAAUUUUAAAUUUUUAGAUGGUGUGUGUAUUGGACAUUGGAAUGUGGAGGGGGUGGACAUACAUGUGCAUCAUCAUUUUGAUAAUAUCUUGAUUUAUUCUUGUCACACCAAAAUAUCAUGAAAUAAUACUUUCAGAAUAUUUUGUUUGACAAAUUGUAGUUGCAGAAUAAUUGACAUUUUGUAGGUUUACAUCAUUUCAAUGCGUAAAGAAUAAUGUUGAUAACAAGCAAACAUGAAAGCAUAAAAUGAUUUCCUGUUGAUGAAAAUCAAAUUGUUUUUCAUUGCUGUUUAAUUUUGCCUUGCAUUUUUUUACGUACACUGGUGCAAUGUUUUGGAUACCAGUAUGUAAAAGUGACUUUUACAAACAGGUUUUUACAACUAAUAUGAUGUAUGUUUUUUGUACUUGAACAUUGUCCGUCAGAUGUCAAAAAGUUUUAUGUUGCAGUGCUCCAAUUUUGGAGAAGAUCCAUUUACAUGUAUGCACAGGUAGUAUUAAUCUUCUGAUCUCAAGGAGUCAGUUUGUACAUAACAGUUGUCUAUUCAAGAAAUUCUUUAUAAUUGAUUUAAUCAAUCUGAUGCUUUUAAUUGCCCAAUCUUCUACAUCGUUGACAUUCAUUUCUCCCUAAAUCCAUAACAUAUUUCCAUAAAGAAGUAUACUUUAAGAAACCUGCAAUGGAUUUGAAAAUAUUUACUGCAAGUGUGCUGCUAGUUUCUUGUGGAAAUGUUGGUAUUUUGUAAUUUUUCUUGACAAUGAAUUUUGUUAUCUGCUUGAUACAGAAUAAAAACUCUGUUCUAACACAUAA